AUGUAUAGAUUCGCUGCUAGAAGAGUUUUCGCUCAAAGUACCCAAACAUUUUCCAAGAGAUCCUUUUCAAACCAAGGAUUUAGAGCUGCAAGAGCUUCUAAAACCAACUUGUACUUAGGUGCCGGUAUUGCCUUAGUUCCAACCAUUAUGUCAAUUAACUACUUGAAUGGUAGCCAUAUUGCAAAUGAAGUUGACGAGAAGAAGGUCGAAGAAGGUAAAGAAAAGGCAGAAGCUACGGGAAAGAAGGAAAUCGCCGAAGAUGCUGAGAAGAAAGCCAUUGGUAAAGGUGAAGUUAAAACAAAGGUUCCUGCAGAAGAAGCUAAUCCUGAAACCAGAACCGAAGUGGAAGAAGAGAGCCAAAAAGAUGGAGAAGAAUCUUACGAAGGCGCUGCUUACAACCCAGAAACCGGGGAAAUCAAUUGGGAUUGUCCUUGUUUAGGAGGUAUGGCGCACGGACCAUGUGGUGAAGAAUUCAAGGAAGCUUUCUCGUGCUUCAUCUACUCUGAAGCAGAACCAAAGGGUAUUGAAUGUAUCAAGAAGUUCGAAAACAUGAGAAAUUGUUUCAGAGAACACCCAGAACACUAUAAAGAAGAAUUAUAUGACGACGAAGAACAAGAACCAUUGGUUGAUGUCAAUGAAAAGAAAGGAGAUGCUUCAGAGCAAUCAGCCGAGACUGUUGCUGACGAUGCAACCAAAGUAGUGAAGGCAAAAGCUGAGGCCGAAGAUGCUAACUCCAAAUAA